AUACCACGUCGGUGCCGCAGAUUCCUCUGUUCAGUUGGUGACGUCAUGACGGAGCAGGUCGUCUUUACGAAUGGGACGAACUCGGUCGGAAGAAUAUGUGUCUCCCUUCUGCCUCUGAGCACUGGAUGCCAACAGUUCAGUGUGUCUCCCGCUGUGUUGGAGUUGGGUCCAAAGGCCUCAAGUGCGUUCCACGUUACUUUUAACGCACGGUACGCGGGAGCCGUAUCGGGGAUCUUCCAGUUUAGGGGGGUCGGUGUCGAGUCGUUAUUCCAUCCCUAUGAAGUUGUCAUUGAAGCCAGUUUGCAAGCCAGCUCCUCUGGGGAUCAAGUGGAAGUUAGCCCCACAUUCAUUCGGUUUGACCGAGUUCGAAACAAAAGCGGCGAAGUGGUGAUCAAGAGAGCCAAGCUUCGAUUGGCCAACAAUACGGCCCACGCGUUGCCGUUCAAAGUCCAUGCGCUGGAAAACCUGAAUGUCCGUCCCGACACUGGUAUGAUCCAACCUGCAUCGGAAGUUUUUGUUUCUGUGCUGCCGAUAUCGCAGCCGUUCACCCAGCGGCGAACUGGAGCCUAUUCACGAGAAGUAAGUGUCGUUGUCGAUCGCCGAGUGAUUCAAGUACUCCCACCGUUCGAUGAGAUCGCACGAUCUCGGCACCAGCUUUCCUCGCAAACGGACUCUUUUUACUACACAAAGCGUGGAAAGCGGCGAGGACUGUAUUUCCAUGCCAGAGCCGUGGAGUUCGGCUGUUGCAACGUUGGCGAAUCCCAUGAGGUACCGGUGUAUGUGUGCAAUGGGUCCAAGACGUCGAUGACCGUUUUCCUGCAGGACCUGCAGGAACCUUUUUCGUGUGCGUAUACAACGACCACGAUCGAGCCUCGAAAGUUUAUCGAAGUCAUGGUAACUUUCACGCCCAAGGUCGUAGGAAAAGUUGCUACAUCGCUUUUCGCCUAUUCUGUUACCGACAAGGCCGUCGUGACACUCGUUGCUCGAGGUAUUUAG